AUGUCAGACGUUGCUGAUGAAGCUGAACCAAAACAAACCCCAGAUUACGAGUUCCUUGGUGUAUGGGCCGACGUUACUGAUCCGAUUCUUUUGGCCCUUUGUCCUCCAUCGCCAAGUCCAAGCUCAACUAGCUCAACUUCCAGUGACGACUCCGCCGAUGUGCCCUUCAAUGAAAUGAAGUUCUGGUCUAUCGAAUCCAGCGACGACAACUCCUUCUCGCCUUUUAUUGAAGCCAAAGGAUGGGGUGCAGGACCCUGGACUACUCCCAGCGCAGGCAAAAUCAUAUUUGACAAGGAUGCUCUGGCGUUCAUCAACAAGCUUCUGCCGCAAAUCUGCAUCCUGACUUGGAUUGAGCAAGCGCUACCCGUCUUGGGAAUAGCUUCGUUUGGCAGCCUCAAAGCCGAUGAAUGGCAGAACCUAUUCACCGUCCAGCUGCCACUAAUCCUCCCUGUUCACUGGGCGUCUGGAGGACCAGCUGCUUGCUCCCUGUUCCGCAAUUUUGCUCAUCUGGUGUCGAUGGUCAUCCUUGCGCUCAAGAGAUCGAUGACCUCCGAGCGAGUGUUGCUGUCUACACCGGAAAAGUUUCCAGAGCAGCUCAAGCCUUUCCUCCCUCAGUUGCAAGCCAUCCGGGAUCCAAUCACUGUUGAGGCUGAAACAAUCCCUAAAUAUCGCCAAGCAUUUCUCGACUCAACCACGCUAGAAGCUCUCAUCAGGCGACUCAACAAGCUUUUCCCUUGUUCCACCGGGGCGCCGUGGAUCCCAUCUGACAAAUGGGCAGAGAAAAGAAAAGCUAAAUCUUCAAAGUUCCUCCUGGUGACUCCUCGCAUAGAAAAGCUUUCAAGCUGCUCGAUCAACAAUGUUAGCUUCUCCACCCUUCGAAAAAAUCCCAACAACUGUGUCAUUGCCUUGAAAGCCGGCUGUGCGCCUCACUACGGAAUCAUCGAAGACAUAUUUCAGCAUUGGCGAACCAUGGGAAAUGGGACCAGCAGAUCCGACACAUGGCUGGUGAUUCAACCUCUCAUGCCAUGCAACUUCUCCAACCCUUUUGCCGGGAUACCGAAAUCGAAAUUUGAAUUGCAACUUGAGCUUAGGAUGCUUCGAACCGAGACGCUGUAUGUCAAGCAUACACAGGAAGUUCUUGCUCACUGUGCAUGGAUUAAGUAUAAGGCAGGUGAAAUAUUACCAUCUAUUAAGCAGGAUUGCAUUGCUUUAGUAACUCUUGACCGUUGA